CCCCGCCUCCCCGUCCAGGUAGCGCGGAGCGGGCGCCGCGAGGAGCAGUCGCUCCCGCCUGGGCAUGGAGAAGACGGGGGGCCCGGCCGCCGUCGGGGCGGGCACGGAGGCCGAGGGGCCCGGGAGCGCCCGGGAGCUGCCCCCGCCGCCGCCCUCCCCGCCGCCGCCCGCGACCCCGGAGGCCCUGGAGCUCCCGCAGCCCGAGCCGUCGGAGGCCAGCGCCCGGCAGCUGCUGCUGGACGAGUGGGGGCCGCUGGGCGAGAGCCUGCUGCUGCCCGCCACCGUCACCUGGAAGCUGCUGCUGCUGCGGAGGCCGCUGUACCGCAACCUGCUGCGCUCGCCCAACCCCGAGGGCAUCAACAUUUACCAGCCGGCACCCGCUAGGGGUCCCACCCGGCAGCCCCUGGAGGCGCUGGGCAAUUUCCAAGGAUGGCGCAUCGGGACGGAACAGCUCCAGCAGAACCUCAGCUGGACGGUAAAGCAGCAGUGUGUGAACCUCCUGGCUGAGGGCCUGUGGGAGGAACUGCUGGAUGAUGAGCAGCCGGAUAUCACUGUUAUGGACUGGUACGAGGACAGCCGCCUGGACCAGUGCGUCUAUGAGCUGCACGUCUGGCUGCUGGCGUCAGACUGCCGCACGGUCAUCGCACAGCACCACGUGGCCCCCAGGAGCUCUGGGAGGGGCUCACCUGGCCACUGGAUCCAGGUGUCACACGUGUUCCGCCAGUACGGCCCUGGGGUGCGCUUUGUCCACUUCCUGCACAAGACCAAGAACCGCACGGAGCCUGGGGGGAUACGGCGGACGAGGGUGACAGACUCGUCUGUGUCUGUGCAGCUCAGGGAGUGAGAGGCUGCCCCUGUGCCUCCUUGACCCACCGCACCUGCUUGACCUUUAAGUCCUAGGGCUCCUUCCUGCUCCUUUCUCACUUCUCUGACCUCUAGUGUCUCGUUCCCUGACCCUUUAGCCCCACUGUGUCCCCUUGACACCACGCUGGCCCCUUCCUGACCUCUCAGCACCUCUGUCCCAACUCAAGUCCUUACAUUUUGGCUUCUCUUUGACCUCUGCACACAUCCUCCUGGUUUUCUGACACAGAGGCCACUCCUUGCGAAUUCAGUGCUUGUCCGAUAGUAGGUGCUCAAUAAAUCUUCACUGAAUGAACACACAA